UUUGUUUACAAUAUUGCUAUCGUACUGAGUAAUCCGCCCAGCUAUGCUAUGUAGCUAACUAGCUAGCUCUCGCUCCGGGGAGUGUGGAAUUAGCGCUCUUCAUAUGUUAGUCAUCAUUAAAUAAACUGAUAAAUGUGUCAGCAGGGUUUCUGAGUAUCAUAAAAGAACAAACGCAACUAUGACAUCAGACAGCAGAGCCAGCAAAGCCCUACAGGUAAAGAGAGAGUGUGGAGAGAACGUUCCUGUGCUGUCGGACAGCGAGCUCAUGUCUCUGUCAGUGCGUGAGCUGAACCUGCACCUGCGUGGUUUGUCCAGAGAGGAGAUCCAGAAACUAAAGCAGAGGCGGCGUACGUUGAAGAAUCGUGGCUACGCAGCCAGCUGCAGGGUGAAGCGCGUGUCCCAGCGCGAGGCCUUGGAGCAGCAGAAGAAGGAGCUGCAGCGCGAGGUGGAACGGCUUGGAGCAGAGAACGCAGGCAUGCGCAGGGAGCUGGAGGGGCUCGGGGCUCGACUCGCAGCACUGCAGCGCUUCGCCCGCAGCCUCGAGUCUGCAGGAGGCAGCAUUCUAGCUACAGCGCCUCGCCUCAACACUGCCUCUGUCAUCACCAUAGUGAAGAGCCCACAGCAAAGCCAUGGCCCCAGAGAGCAAGAGGCGUCCUAGGGAUGAGUCAUACAGGCAAUAGGCAAACACAUACACACACACUCUCAAACAGGUAGAAGUACAAGGUACACAACAACUGGACCUUCUAAGCUGAAAUGAAUGACUGCCAAACAUUUAGGAAUGUUACACAACAAAUAGUUGUGUAAGGAAAGUCAUUGAUGUCAGUGAUGCAGGAUUGCUUGCAGAAUCUUUUGCCACACUAUUACCCCAAUGUUGCAUUUUAUUCACAUUUUGUGUAUUGGUUAAUUGGACCAUUUAGAUAAUGAGAAUGCAGGGCAUGUCUGCAUUGUUUUUUUUUUUUUUACAUGUUUUUGUGGACAACAAAUUAUUUUGUGUUCUGAAUUUGAGAAUUAUUUGAUUGUAUUCACCAGUUUUAUGUUUGGUCUAUUGCAUUUGCUUUAACCAUUAUAACUAACAUAUAAAUAGGGUAAAGUUGGUAAGUUUACAUGUAACGUAGCUUGAAAAUAUUUUAAUUAUACCAGUAAUAUUUAUAUGCCCAAUUUUUGUUGUCACAUGAAAAACUAGUCAUAACUGUAGAGAAUGUCUUUACUGGAUUAAUGAUUAAGCUUGACUUAAUAUCUCUGACUACCAACUUGUUGUAAGUUGGCAAAUAUUGCUGGAAUAUAUUCAUAGUUAUGAUUAAGAAAUAAUCAUAAUUAAUCUGUUAUGAUUAAUAGAAUGCCACGCCAUGUCAAUGCAAGCUUCUCAAUACAUUCCCACAUAUAUUUUCAGUACUUAAUCUGCAACAUGGAGAUUUCUUUUUGUCUGUACUUAUAGAUGAAGACCUAAAAGCUAGAGUGCUGUGAUUUUACGUCCAAAUACUGUUUAUGUAUAACUAGUUUGGGAAUAUUUUCAUGUCCAAUUAUUGUAAUGGUGUGAUUUGUAUUUAGGAUAAGUAUAUUUUAAUGAGCAGUUCAGCUAUGCCAGUGUGUUUCCACUCCUGCUCUUCACAGAAUAUUUUAGUGUCUCCCUUACCCUAACAUUCAUUUAGCUGAUAAUUUGAGAGAGGUAACAGGGAAAUGCUAAAACAGUCAUGACAGAGUGGGACAUGUUACUGGAAUAUUUGUUCCAGUAUGUGUGAUGACUGUAUUUGUGCUAAUACAUUAUAGUGGCUUGUUUGCAGUGGUAUUUUUGUACAUAAAAGUAGAUUAUUUAUAAUGACAACAUACUUUUGGAAGUCUAGAAAGUAUCACAUGAGGGUAUAAAGUAUGAAAUACUAGUGAAGAGUAAAUGUGGAAUAAAAA